CCAAUCACUCCGCUGAAAGUGUGGCCGCCGAGUGCCACUCGACCCACGGGCUGCGGCCUCGCGUGAGCGGUCGGAGGUGGAGGAGGAGGAGGUGGUGGUGGUGGCCCACGAUUCAUGGCAGGGCUCCCCCCCCGGGGCCUCCCCGUGGCCUCGCUGUGCUCGCUGUGCGCCCGCUCCCUGGUGUCCGACCACGGCCGGGCGCGCCACGAGCUGCGCCGCGUCCCGGACUCGCUGCUGCCGCUGCUGCUGAGCGCGGCGCUGCGCGGGGACCGGCCGCUCGUGGCCGGGGACCUGGUGCGGGCCUGGCCCUUCCCCGUGCUCGACCUGGCCGAGGUCCUCGCCUGCUGGGGCAGGGCGGAGGGCCUCGCACAGCCCAGCGCGCCCUGCAUGCAGGCCUGCAUCUCCGCGCUCACGCGUCGCCGCGUGAAGCGGGGCGCGGACGACGACGAGGUGAUGAUGGAAGAGGCCGAGGGGCCGGAGGGCCGAGGUGGGCCGCGCUCACCGUGCGCGCUCCGCCUUCUCGACCUCACGGGCCUGCCGGACGAGGAGAAUGAGACGGCCCUUCGGAGAAGCACGAACAGCUGGUCCCGCAGCGUGGCUCUCGCCAAGGCCGUGCUCGGGGACGGGAAGCGCAGGUGGGAGGCCGUGGACGGGCCCGGCGGGUCCCCCCCGAGGCCUCCUACCCACCGCCGCCGACACCGCCGCGUGGUUGUCCACGCGAACCUCGUGGUGAACGUGAGCUCGUACGAGACGCUGCUGGCGGCUCUCCAGAGCAGCUGCCGGGCGGGCUCUGCGCUCAGCCUGCGCUGCCGCGACCUCCGCGUCGAGGAGCUGUCGCUGCGUCGUCUGUGCCGCCUGCUCGAGGCGCUCGAGGCGCUGGAGGCCCGCGAACCCGCGCUGCGCCAGCUGGACCUGGGCUUCAACAACAUGGGGCUGCCGGGCCUGGCCGCGCUGCUGCCGCGCCUCGCCCGCUUCCCGCAGCUGCGGAGCCUCAACCUCGCCUACAGCAACGUGGACGUGAGACGUCUCCCGCAGGGCACGCCCGAGAGGGGGGGCGAGGAGACGUUCUGCAGGGUCGCGGAGGCCCUCAAGGAGCUCGGCGCCCUCAAGGAGCUCAAUCUGGAGGCGUCCAGGCUGAGCGACCGCCUUCACCAGCUGCUGGCUGGCAUUGCUCCCCUGGAGAGUUUGGGGCUUGCUUACUGCUCCCUCACCCCUGGCGACAUGGCGUCACUUACGGCCUCACACCACACGGAGAGUCUCCGCUGUCUGGACAUCAGUGGCAGUGGCCUUGGUCAGCUGAUUCCAGGAUUGUGUUCCUUGCUGGGACGCACCACAGCCCGUCUCCAGGAGCUGAGUCUUAUUGGCUGUGGUUUGGCUGAUCAUCACAUCCCAGCGCUGUUGGCAGCCCUGCCAGCCUGCCAGGCCCUGCAGAAGCUGCGUGCUCAAAACAACCCACUCUCCCUACAGGCCCUGCUGCAGUUGACGACCUGCCUGGCCUCCUUACCUGGCCUGCAAGCUUUUUAUUAUCCCGUGCCCUUAGAAUGCUACGUGUCGGGCUUAGCCGCCAAUCCCCUGGCUGAUCAGUUGUUGGAACACCCAGUGCAGCUGGACUCUCAUGCCCGUGCACACUCGGAACUGAGCAGUGUCUUCGUCAGCCUCGGUAAGAGAGAUGUCUUGCUGUCAACCACUUUGUACCCCACUAUUCUUGCAUAUGGCAAUAUUUCCAUGAGCUGAAUGCUAGCCAUGAGAGGGCGUCAAGAAAGAGUUUGUGUAGUUUUGCAAUUGCUCUGUUGAAGGAGUGCAGACUACAUUGGUUAACUAUAUGGUCCAUAGUUUGGGUUGUAUGGGCGCAGUCUCACUGUGGCAGGUCUUUAAUAAUCCAUUGAUGAAGAUAUGCGCAUCAACGUCUUAAAUAGAGUAUUGAGACUCCACAGUGAGGCUUCCCUGGUUAAAACAAGUGAUAUAAUUAGUAUUCAUGGUGAAAAGUCGUGUGUUUAGCGGUUUUGAUUUGCGGCGUUUUGUUUACAACCGUUAAAUACCUCGUGCAAUGUCAUUUUGUAACUUACUAACCCACCCCUACUGGAAAUUUGUAAAAAAAAGAUUUAUCCAGGAUAAAUAAAGAUUCUUGUUCA